AUGCAUACCGCCUACUUGCACCUUCAAAAUCCCACACUGCCAACACACCCGCACCCACACCAACAGUAUCACCACCCGCAUCACCGUCUCCUCCCGGUCCCCUCGACAGGAAUCAUCACCAUCACCGUCCUGUUACUUCUUCUGACAUUCUACCACUUCCUCUUCACAAACCUCAACUCUUUCCCCCAACAUCAACGUCGUCAUCAUCAAUCCCUUCUUCAACCUAGAGAUUACACCCCUCCGCCAUCUUCAAAACUUCGAUGUCCAUACCUCUACUUCAUCGAGACAUACUUCAAACACAAGUACAAUGAAGAUAAAGAUGAACCUACAAAGACUACUAAUUCAUUCCCAUGUCACUCUUCCACCCUAAUUCCAACGGUCCAGUACUCUCCAUCAUCAUCAUCAUCAUCAUCAUCAUCAUUGGAUAAUCAUUCACUAUCAGACAUAAAUACAUCUCUUCUAUAUCCACCUUCCAUCACAGGGAACCCAGCAUCAUCAUUCCUCUCUCACUAUAAUAUCCCAAGUACCCUCAUAACCACAACCACCUACAAACCCACCACGUCCACGUCAUCCCCCCUUUGGGCCCCCCCAAGACCAAAACCUCCAGCCCCGUCACUAUCACCAUCACCAUCACAAACACCAUCACAACCGCGAUCACCACCAGAACCCCAAAUCCUAAAGGAAUCAACCUUCCUAACAACCCUAACAAUCCUCUCAACCCUUCUGCUCAUCUCCCUCAACAUCUUCAUUUGCACCUUUCUCUACCAACGCCAUAAACUACUUCGAAAUAAUAAUAACCGAGCUGAUAACAAUAAUACACCCAACAACGGUGGCAACAGCAACGAGGCUGAUGACAAUGAUGAUGACGACGAUGACGGGAAGUACGGUAAUAUAACAAUCCAACUUGAUCCAGAGGACCCAGAGGUUUUCAAUCCCCCAAAUGGUACCAGUAACAACAACAAUAACAAUAAUCCUGGCCAGGAAAACUGGGAAAUUAUACACCUUGGGCCCUUUGAUUAUCCACAACAAACACAACCACGAAACCAUUGCCAACUCUUUUAA